CCUCCCGGCCUCCGCGCCUGCCUCCCGCCCGCGCGCACCGCUGCCCGCUGCCGCCGCUCUCGCUCGCGCCGGCGCUGCACGGGAGUCAGCCCGCCGCCGCCGCCUGCUUUGUGCUUCCCACAGAAGAUGGGAGCGACCUCUUCCUGAUCGGGAGCUGUUUAAAAGGAGGGAGUGCGCCGUAUUUCCUACUAGCGUGGAGGAACAGAGGAAGAAUCCAUUCACACUCCCCAAACCAGUAGGUUGUGACAGUUGGAAGUGUCAUGUACAACAUGUGGCGAUUAAGUCUUUCACCCACCUUUUCAAUGGGAUUUCAUCUGUUAGUUAUUGUGACUCUCUUAUUUUCCCAUGUGGACCGUGUAAUUGCUGAGACAGAAAUGGAAGGAGAAGGAAAUGAAACUGGUGAAUGUACUGGAUCAUAUUACUGUAAGAAAGGGGUGAUUUUGCCCAUUUGGGAACCCCAAGACCCUUCUUUUGGGGACAAAAUUGCUAGAGCUACUGUGUAUUUUGUGGCCAUGGUCUACAUGUUUCUUGGAGUCUCUAUCAUAGCUGAUCGGUUCAUGUCCUCUAUAGAAGUCAUCACAUCUCAAGAAAAAGAAAUAACCAUAAAGAAACCCAAUGGAGAGACCACCAAGACAACUGUGAGGAUCUGGAAUGAGACAGUUUCUAACCUGACCUUGAUGGCCCUGGGAUCUUCUGCUCCUGAGAUUCUCCUUUCAGUAAUUGAAGUGUGCGGCCAUAACUUCACUGCAGGAGACCUCGGUCCUAGCACCAUCGUGGGAAGUGCUGCAUUCAAUAUGUUCAUCAUUAUUGCACUCUGUGUUUAUGUGGUCCCUGAUGGAGAGACAAGGAAGAUUAAGCAUUUGCGUGUGUUCUUUGUGACGGCAGCCUGGAGCAUCUUUGCCUACACCUGGCUUUACAUUAUUUUGUCUGUCAUAUCUCCUGGCGUUGUGGAGGUCUGGGAAGGUUUGCUUACUUUCUUCUUCUUUCCCAUCUGUGUUGUGUUCGCUUGGGUAGCGGAUAGGAGACUUCUGUUUUACAAGUAUGUCUACAAGAGGUAUCGAGCUGGCAAGCAGAGGGGGAUGAUUAUUGAACAUGAAGGAGACAGGCCAUCUUCUAAGACUGAAAUUGAAAUGGAUGGGAAAGUGGUCAAUUCUCAUGUUGAAAAUUUCUUAGAUGGUGCUCUGGUUCUGGAGGUGGAUGAGAGGGACCAAGAUGAUGAAGAAGCUAGGCGAGAAAUGGCUAGGAUUCUGAAGGAACUUAAGCAGAAACAUCCAGAUAAAGAAAUAGAGCAAUUAAUAGAAUUAGCUAACUACCAAGUCCUAAGUCAGCAGCAAAAAAGUAGAGCAUUUUAUCGCAUUCAAGCUACUCGCCUCAUGACUGGAGCUGGCAACAUUUUAAAGAGGCAUGCAGCUGACCAAGCAAGGAAGGCUGUCAGCAUGCAUGAGGUCAACACUGAGGUGACUGAAAAUGACCCUGUUAGUAAGAUCUUCUUUGAACAAGGGACAUAUCAGUGUCUGGAGAACUGUGGUACUGUGGCCCUUACCAUUAUCCGCAGAGGUGGUGAUUUGACCAACACUGUGUUUGUUGACUUCAGAACAGAGGAUGGCACAGCAAAUGCUGGGUCUGACUAUGAAUUUACUGAAGGAACUGUGGUGUUUAAGCCUGGUGAGACCCAGAAGGAAAUCAGAGUGGGUAUCAUAGAUGAUGAUAUCUUUGAGGAGGAUGAAAAUUUCCUUGUGCAUCUCAGCAAUGUCAAAGUAUCUUCUGAAGCUUCAGAAGAUGGCAUACUGGAAGCCAAUCAUGUUUCUACACUUGCUUGCCUCGGAUCUCCCUCCACUGCCACUGUAACUAUUUUUGAUGAUGACCAUGCAGGCAUUUUUACUUUUGAGGAACCUGUGACUCAUGUGAGUGAGAGCAUUGGCAUCAUGGAGGUGAAAGUAUUGAGAACAUCUGGAGCUCGAGGAAAUGUUAUCGUUCCAUAUAAAACCAUCGAAGGGACUGCCAGAGGUGGAGGGGAGGAUUUUGAGGACACUUGUGGAGAGCUCGAAUUCCAGAAUGAUGAAAUUGUCAAAACAAUAUCAGUCAAGGUAAUUGAUGAUGAGGAGUAUGAGAAAAACAAGACCUUCUUCCUUGAGAUUGGAGAGCCCCGCCUGGUGGAGAUGAGUGAGAAGAAAGCCCUGUUAUUGAAUGAGCUUGGUGGCUUCACAAUAACAGGAAAAUACCUGUUUGGCCAACCUGUCUUCAGGAAGGUUCAUGCUAGAGAACAUCCGAUUCUCUCUACUGUAAUCACCAUUGCAGAUGAAUAUGAUGACAAGCAGCCGCUGACCAGCAAAGAGGAAGAGGAGAGGCGCAUUGCAGAAAUGGGGCGCCCCAUCCUGGGAGAGCACACCAAGUUGGAAGUGAUCAUUGAAGAAUCCUAUGAAUUCAAGAGUACUGUGGACAAACUCAUUAAGAAGACAAACCUGGCCCUUGUGGUUGGGACAAACAGCUGGAGAGAACAGUUCAUUGAAGCUAUCACUGUCAGUGCUGGGGAAGAUGAUGAUGACGAUGAAUGUGGGGAAGAGAAGCUGCCCUCCUGUUUCGAUUACGUGAUGCACUUUCUGACUGUGUUCUGGAAGGUCCUCUUUGCCUUCGUCCCCCCUACUGAAUACUGGAAUGGCUGGGCGUGUUUCAUUGUCUCCAUCCUCAUGAUUGGCCUACUGACAGCUUUCAUUGGAGACCUGGCUUCCCACUUUGGCUGCACCAUCGGCCUGAAAGAUUCUGUGACUGCAGUUGUGUUCGUCGCACUUGGAACAUCAGUGCCAGACACAUUUGCCAGCAAAGUGGCAGCCACCCAGGACCAGUAUGCAGACGCCUCCAUAGGUAACGUCACGGGCAGCAACGCGGUGAACGUCUUCCUGGGAAUCGGUGUGGCCUGGUCCAUUGCUGCCAUCUACCACGCAGCCAACGGGGAACAGUUCAAAGUGUCCCCUGGCACACUAGCUUUCUCUGUCACUCUCUUCACCAUUUUUGCUUUCAUCAAUGUGGGGGUGCUGCUGUAUCGGCGGAGGCCAGAAAUCGGAGGUGAGCUGGGUGGGCCCCGGACUGCCAAGCUCCUCACAUCCUGCCUCUUUGUGCUCCUAUGGCUCUUGUACAUUUUCUUCUCCUCCCUGGAGGCCUACUGCCACAUAAAAGGCUUCUAAAGGAACUAUCAGAUAUAGUAAAUUUAUAUAUAUAUACAUAUAUAUACAUAAAAAUUAUGUAUAACGGACAGAGGAAACUGACAUUUGUCAUGUUCACUUACCUGCUGAUGGAAUCCAGCUUCAAGAGCAUACUCCGUACUAGGGCCGAAGUAAAAAACCAUCACCUCCCAUUCCCAGGGGCAUCGUCAUGUUCAACAAGGCAUGGAGGCAGGGCCAUCUUUGCAGCUCAGUCUAGAAGGGCUGCACUCUCUCCAGGUUCAUAAAUCCUUAAGGCUUUGAUUUGUUUUCUUGUUUUUGAUUUUGUUUUCAGUGGGGCUGGGGAGGCAGUUAAUGUUUGACUUUAUUUUUGUUAUUUUGUUUUGUUUUGUUGGGAGGGUCAGGGUUGUUGCUUUUCUUUGUGGAAAGUGAAACCAUCCAAAUGUAAAUGGGUUUUGGUAAAAAUUUAAAUCAUUAAUAUUCCCCCUCACCUCCCCCAAUCACUUUAAAACUUAUUUUGGAUUAAGAAAAAAUCUGGGCAUGGAAGAAGAAAGAAGCAUGUCUUCAUCGUAUUACCAAAGUUCAUGCUUAUCUCCGGAAUGUGAGCAGAGGUGAAGCUGCCUCCAAGAAGAAGCAUAAGAGUGGAAUGGAGCCAGGAAAUCCAAUGGUUCUAGAUAUAGUCUGUUAUUUAAACAUGUGAUACCUGGCAGUCUCAUUUAACAGGUACAAGGAAAACGUGCCUAGAUUCCCAGGAACAUGCAAAAUCCUUUCUUUCUUAUCUCUUUAGCUCUGGACUGUGAUUAGCAAGGUCCUUCUUCCAGCAUUCAGCCCAGCUAAGCCCCCAGGUGCCCCAUCCCAACCCUGUUCCUCCUGUCCACCUGCCAUCCCCUAUGCAAACAGUAAGAAUAACCCCAUUCAAAAAGCACAUCAUCGUUUUCCAUUUGCAUUAACAUGUGUCUCAGUCCCAUGUUGCCGUUGCUUGGGAUUGUCUGUCAGUUUUAUUUUCAAAGGCAUCCAUGGCUUGCACAAUCCUGUUCCAGUCAUGACUGAACAUUUGCUCCUUCUUCAUGUGCCUGUUCGGAAAUGUUGUUGUGAUACCUGUUACACAGUGCAUGGUGAAAAACAAAUAAAACAAAACAAAGAGUAUCUGUAUAUAGUAGAGUAUAGUACAUACUGUUCUCCCAUUUGGCAAUGUUGAUUGGACAUUGAAGACAUAAGUGAGUUUUCUUUUCACCUGAGUUGUUACUUUUGUGUUGUUAUUGAGUUUGAUUAAUUACUAGGGAUAAAAGGAGAAAAUGGCUUAUUGUUCAUGGUUCUGCACAUUCAUUUCUAAGAAGCAAUAACUGUCAUGUGGGGAAAAGUUAAAGUUAUUGAGAGGAUAGCAGGCAAACUACAAAGAUCUUCAUGGAAAAUUAGCCAUGUGGAACACAUCAGAGGCCUCUAAAAAUCACCCAUUAAUUCAGGAAGGCCAAGGAGAAAGGCCUUAUAGAGACGUUGAUAUGUUGGAUGUGCCUAGGCUUUCAGAGCCACCCUUUCCACAACACACCUCCCUGCAAAGUAUUUAUUUCACAUCUGCACUGUCUAGCACAGAUGGUAGAUAGUGCUGGUUUGUUCAUUUUAUUUUUUUACGUAAAAGGCUAUUUUGAGCCCUGUUUCUUUCACUGUCCAGUCUAGUCCCCUUUGACUGUAUCAGUAGUUCCUGAGUAAGAAAGAAGCCAGGGUGACCAAUGGGCCUUUAAAAGUGUGUCUCCUCUACUUAUGCUGAAAGAGAAGGCAAUUAAAUAAGACUAGUACCUCCCAGGAGGAUUGGACUGGGAUGUUUUUAACCCUUUAAAAAGAAUAGCUGUUUCUAUGUUAAAAUACCAAAGAACAUGGAUAAACCCAACAUUCCAAAGUAGUGAGUCCACUAAUGAGAAAAAAAAAUAGAAUGACUUUGGUCACCUCUCGGAGACUUCUGUGUCUAUAAGGAAUCCCAGGCUGGAGACAUCCCUAGCCCUCUGUAUUGAUUCAAAAAUACUUACUGAAUAAAUUAAAGCUGUUGAGACUUAUUUUUUCUUCCGUCACUCAGUAACCAUGAUCCUUCAUCAUUUAAUAAACAUUUGGUGACUGAAUAAGUAAUUAAAUGCUGGUUACCCACUUAAUGUGCCAGGUAGUAUGAUACUUUCUGGGGACUAAGCCAUGAACAAAACAAUCUAGAAUCCCUGCCCUCAGAAGGGUGUUUAUGUGAUUACUAUUUUCAUGAGUAAAAGUGAAGAAAGCCAUAUGGAAAGAUUUUUAUUUUGCAAGAAAAAACAAUUAUGAAACUCUUUUAACAUAAACACACUGAAACUGUAUCAAAGCAAUUGUCCAAAUUGUAUUUAUACCCAAGAUUUUCUUUAACUAAGCAUAAAGCAUAUGUUUGGAAAACCACCCUCUUUAUCUUUGACCAACUUGCAGAUAAAUAUAUCUCUCCAUUUUAAACCAAGAAGGGCAAUCAUGUUGGUGAUCCAGAUCACUGAGAAAGCCCAAUGUAUCCCAUCUUUUAUCUUUGUUGGCAAUAGAACUUUUCUAUGGCCCGCACUUUACAAUUCUUUGUCAUUCUAACCCAUCCUUCCCAUCCUUUUUUUUUUUUUUUUUUUGAGAAUUGCUAAAUGGAAAGCUAGCCUAGAAGCACCAAGUAAAUAUAUUCAAGGAAUAUAAGUUGUUUAAACAUUAGAAAAAUUCUUGCACUCAUUGUUUAGCUGUAUUGGGAAUGUCAAUAAUCCUGUAGCAAAUUUUCACAGAGAACUUUAAGAAAUUCUCGCAUUGGUCAAUUUCAAUUUGAAAGCUUUUUGGUUUGUUUGCUUUUUAAAUUUUCAUGUUCUAGGAAACUAUGAUUCUGGUUGUUCAGGAUUGUUACUAUAGUUGUGUAAAAUUAUUUUAUUUUGUGUGUAUUGUGCACAGCUUGGGGGGGGCAGGAAAUGCACUAAUUGUGCUCUUCCUUAUAAAUGGUACAUAUUAACUGACACAGACAAAUAAAGUUUCUAAUUGUUUCUGAUUUAAUCACUAGUGAUACAGCAUAUUCUGUAUGAAAUGUUUUCUCUUUUCUCAUUGUCAUCUACUUCAUUUUUUGUUUUCAUGUUUUGAAGAAAUAAAAACCAAAA